UAAACAAGGGCUAGAAACUGGUAAUGAAGGCUGACACCGAAAACCUACCUGGAAUCAGUGGGCAUUCCUGCUGAUCGCUGUGCACACACAACGCACACGCCUUAAAGAUUAUCUUCUACCCAAUACGGAAAUGUCAAAUAACAAACGCGGAAAUAGUCAAGAAGAAAAUCUUAGUGAACAAGGAAUGAAAAAACAUUUGGAAGCCAACUCAGCAGCUUUCCAGAAAGUCUAUAAAAAGUCGGGAAAGAAAUUGAGAGAUACAAGAGAUGGCAGAAGAAGAUAUUGUGAAGCAGAAGAAAAUGUGGCUGCCGCGCAGGAUAAUACUUGUGAGGCACGGCGAAAGCGAAGGAAAUGUGGAUGAUUCCAAGUAUACACACAUUCCAGAUCACCAGAUCGGGCUGACUGAUCAGGGUAUGGAGCAGGCACAAGAAUGUGGAAGAAGAGUGAGGGAAAUUUUAAGCGAGGAAGGAUCAGAGGACUGGAAGGUUUAUUUCUAUGUGUCUCCAUACAAGCGGACGCUUUCUACUCUUAAGGGAAUCGGUAGGGCCUUUGAGAGGAAGAAGAUAAUUGGUGUGAGGGAAGAGGUUCGGAUCCGGGAGCAGGAUUUUGGGAAUUUUCAGGAGGAGGAGAGGAUGAAGAUUAUUAAGAAGACGAGAGAGAAAUUUGGGAGAUUCUUUUAUAGGUUUCCUGAGGGGGAAUCUGCAGCGGAUGUGUUCGACCGUGUUACAAGUUUUCUUGAAUCAUUGUGGAGAGACAUAGACAUGAACAGGAUCAAUCGUCAUCGGAGCUCUGAUCUGAACUUGGUGAUAGUCUCGCAUGGAUUGACAUCAAGGGUAUUUCUGAUGAGAUGGUUCAAGUGGACUGUAGAGCAGUUUGAACAUCUCAAUAAUCCUCAAAAUUGCGAAAUAAGGGUAAUGCAAUUGGGAUUGGGUGGAGAUUACAGCCUUGCUGUUCAUCAUAGCAGAGAGGAGCUUGUGGAGUGGGGUCUUUCCGAGGAAAUGAUUGUAGACCAGGAGUGGAGAGCCAAAGCUAACAGAGGGCAGUGGAAUGAGGGGUGCCCCUGGUUCUGUAAUGAUUUCUUCGAUCACUUCAAAGAUGAUGAAGAAGGAGAAGGAAGCAAUAAAAGUAACCAUGAUGAGUAAAGGGGUGUAAUGACACUAACAUGGAACACACAUCUAAAACUAAUGGAAGGUCUCUCCUAAGAACUGGUGAAGAUAGAAUAUUUAUUCUAAUAUUGAAUUUACAGAUUCUUUUUAGGAAAUUGGUUCCAAAAGAUUCAUUGAGAAAGGGUCUUUAUGUUAAUGUGAAAUGACUUGGAUUAUAUUAAUAAUCGCUUUUUAAUAUGUAGUUGGAAACAAACUCAGAAAAGAUGAAGAUGUGAGAAAGUAAUCGCUUAUAAGAGAUACAACUCUCAGAAAGAGAUGGUUUAUGAGACAUUAUUUACAGCAAAACAUUUAAUAAAAUGAAAGCAUACAUUGGAGUGCAACCCCAAGGUUUGAUGCCAGCACAUCCUCUCCCCAAUACAAACAUGUUCCCUUACUAUCAAUGCCAUAUCUGAUUUCUCAUAAGUUAUUUGUAUGGUUGCCAUUUCCUUAUGACAAUACGACAAUGAAAGCAGGGUGCUGAUAUUUAACCCAUCAGGUGCUGCUAAGAGAAAUUUGAGGAA